AUGCAGGUCACAGACAGUCGUGUGGGGCUGAGGAUUUGGAAUGCUUUGACUGAUAAUUAUGGUAAUGUAAUGCCAGUUGACUGGAAAUCUUCCCACACCAGAGCUUUGCACUUGCCAACACUGAAUCUUUCAGAAAAAGGGGUAAAUGACAACUUGAAUCUUGACUUGUCAGAUGAUGAGGAGCUGAGAGAGCAGUUGGAUAUGCAUUCUAUCAUUGUUUCCUGCAUCAACGAUGAGCCACUCUUCACAGCAGAGCAGGUGAUUGAAGAAAUAGAAGAGAUGAUGCAGGAAUCGCCUGAUCCAGAAGAUGAUGAAACACCCACCCAGUCAGAUCGUCUCUCUAUACUUUCCCAGGAAAUUCAGACACUCAAGAGAUCCAGUACGAACAACAGUUACGAAGAAAGAGUAAAAAGAUUGUCUGUUGCUGAGUUAAAUGAACUGCUAGAAGAAAUUGAGACUGCCAUUAAGGAUUAUUCCGAGGAACUGGUACAGCAGUUGGCAUUACGAGAUGAGUUGGAGUUUGAGAAGGAAGUGAAAAACAGCUUCAUUUCUGUCCUCAUCGAAGUGCAGAAUAAACAGAGAGAGCACAAAGAAACAGCAAAGAAGAAAAAGAAGCUGAAAAAUGGUAGUCCUCAAAAUGGCAAACAGGAAAGAGGUCAUAUGCCUGGCACGCGCUUCAGCAUGGAAGGGAUCUCAAAUGUCAUACAGAAUGGCCUCCGCCACACGUUUGGGAACUCGGGUGGAGAGAAACAGUAUCUAACAACUGUCAUUCCUUAUGAGAAGAAAAAUGGACCUCCAUCUGUUGAAGACCUUCAAACAUUAACCAAAAUCCUUCACGCCAUGAAGGAGGAUAGUGAGAAAGUGCCAAGCUUGUUAACAGACUAUAUUUUAAAAGUGCUGUGUCCUACAUGAAGAGGGCUGCCUUUCUGCAGAAUUAGCCAUGCUCCUUCCUUUGAUGAGAAGCUUUUCUGUGGAUAUAACUCGUAGUAUCUUGUUUUCAUUUGGCGCUAUGCCUAAGCCAGUAAGCAUUUACCUCCUCUGUGUGUGUGUGUGGAUAUUCUGAUCCUACAGUAAGUCUUCUGAGCAUGACAACUCGUCCACUUAAACUAGAUAGUGCAAUGAACUCAAGCAGAGAACAAACACUGUACAGUUUUACUCACAUUGUUCUGGCUUUUUAAAGUCUAUUUUUACAUUGUAUAGCAUGUACUAAAUCCUCCUGCACAUUUUGAUGUUGGAAGGAAAAGUAAAAUUUGAAUAGUGUAAAUAAAAUAAGCCUAGUUUUAAGGAAUCUACAUUUACAUCCAUCCUUAGUUCCUAUAGCAAAAAUGCAAUCAUAGG